AUGAGUUCCCAGCAGCAGAAGCAGCCCUGCGCCCCACCCCCUCAGCUGCACCAGCAGCAGGUGAAGCAGCCUUGCCAGCCUCCACCCCAGGAACCAUGUGUCCCCCAAACCAAGGAGCCCUGUCACACCAAAGUGCCUGAGCCCUGCCAGCCCAAGGUGCCUGAGCCCUGCCAGCCCAAGGUGCCAGAGCCCUGCCAGCCCAAGGUGCCUGAGCCCUGCCAGCCCAAGGUGCCUGAGCCCUGCCAGCCCAAGGUGCCUGAGCCCUGCCAACCCAAGGUGCCUGAGCCCUGCCAGCCCAAGGUGCCUGAGCCCUGCCAACCCAAGGUGCCUGAGCCUUGUCAAUCCAAGGUGCCUGAGCCCUGCCAACCCAAGGUGCCAGAGCCCUGCCCCUCGACAGUCACUCCAACACCAGCUCAGCAGAAGACAAAGCAGAAGUAA